ACCAUUUUCAUUUAAAUACGUAUUAUUUAAUACCGUAUUAACUAUUAUACUUAAUUGACCAUUUUCCAUCCCGAGCUAGGGUGGGUCCCGAGCGGGACCCACCAUUUAACCCUAUGCCUCCACCCCUGAUUGUGUAUGUUUGCAAAGGUUCGAGGAAGGUGCUGAAAGGCGUGAAGCGUGAGACCUUGUAUGCAUUACAAGGGUUUGUGUUGUCAGGUUCUGUUGUUGUUGCGGUUCAUCAAUAAGAUAUGAGCACUCUGUCACACGAGAUUGUGUCAUAUGAGUGAAUGAGGGAUGCGAGUUAAUUUAUCAAGUUUUUCUAAAUACAAAAUUAUAUCAUUAUGAUUUAAAAAGCUAACAAAUUAUUUUAUCGUGUAUAUUUUUUCUAAAUGGACCCACCCUCGACAAAAUUCUGGCUACGCCCCUGUACACAACUCCACCUUUUCCGUUGAAACUGAGACUCUUGAUGUCGAGUAGACUCAAGGAGAUUAGAUUCUUCGUCAUUUGUGAAACAUGCCUGACUUCGUCUAUGGUACAGAACGAACCAUCAUGUGUCUAAAUCUUGGUAGACCCAAUUCUAACCACCUUGAAGACAACUCCAUCGGCCAUAACCACCUUACCACCAUCUAUUUGCUCGUAGGUUGAGAAUCAAUCCCUAUUCAAGGACGUAUUAUAUGAGGUUGCAGUAUCUAGAAAUCACAUAUCGUCAUGAUGUGUCUUCUCAUCUACAACCAAUGCGAGAUCAUCUUCUGAACUGUUGUCCACUACAGCCACGACAGUUGAACCUUGGUUCUUCUGAUUCCCUCUCUUUCUGGGACAUUUGUACUUCCAAUACCCCACUUCCUUACAGAUAUAUGACAGACAUCGCUUGACGGCGGACAGUAACCCGAAUACAUAUUCUCGUAAUCUGUCUAAGGGAACCAAAUAUACAAAUCUUUUUUUUUUACAAGACAAAUAUACAAAUCUUAACUAAAACCAACAAUCUAAACUAAGUAUAAAUUUGUAUUAUAGACAAUGAGCCGAUAAUUAUGACUAUGAAAUCCAUGUUAAUUAAUUUUAAUCGGAUUGUAUUAAAUCUUCACUAUAUGAAUGAAUACUUGGAAUCAAUAAAAAUCUCAAAAUUUCUAAAAAUAUAAUUUAAUCUAAUUAAAUAUUUUGGGCAGGCUACAAGCUAAUUAUUAUUAAUCUCUCGCGCCUGUUUUGACGCGGUUCGCGGGUCUUGUUUUUGGGUUGGUUUGUUCUUUAGUCAGCAACCUAAAAAUAUCUUCAACAGCAUCCCUCUUUUCUUACGAUCCCCAAAAACCCUAACCCCAAAUUUAGACUCUUCUUCUUAUUAUUACAACCUGAUUCCGAGCCGCCUGUUUCUAAUUAGAUUGUAAUUUAAUUAAUUAAAAACCUUCCUCGUUGAAAUUUCUUUCAACUCCAAUAGCCAAAAAAAAAAAAAAAAAGGAAGAACAGAAAACGAAGAAAGAAAGAAGACGAGAGUUUUCCGAUCGCCCAAAUUCCAUCCAACAACUAACUACCGCUUCCCUGAUUUCUCAUCUCCUUCCCCAAUUGAGAAAUUCGUUCUGCCCAUAUCUGUAAAUCCGUCCCUAGUAGCCAUUCCUGUUUUCUUCUCUCCCCGUUUUUCCAGUUUCCGUUUCCCUCUUCGCCCAAUCGGAAUCGUCGCCAUUUUGUUUUUCCUCAUCGGAAGAAAAACCCAGAUGGGUCACCAGGAGCACGAAUCCAAUUCCUACAGCAUCAUCUCCAGCUCCUCGUGGCUCGAAAUCCGGCUCUUCUACGUCCGGAUCACCCCUUGCGUCACCGACACCGUCCCCGACCAUCUAACCCUCCGCCAUCUCCGCCGCGAGAGCAGCACCCCGCUCGAGAUCAACGGCUCCAGGAUCCCCGCCGUCGACUCGGCCUGCGUCAACCUCCGCCGGGACCGCCUCAACAAGGACUCCUCCGAGGUCACCUACGUCAGCACGGACACCGUCCGCGUCACGGGGGCGCUGGAGUUCGAGGUCCUGGAGAACGCCGAGCUCCUCCUCUGCGGCUCCUUCGAGAGGAUGGAGUCGGCCUGGGGGAACGGCGCCGUCGGCACGGAGAACGAUUCCAAGACCGGGUGGAGCAUGGAGUGCUACGUCGCGGCCUCCGUCGGGGAAGGGAGCUCGCUGUUCUUCCAGCCGCGGAUGGGGGUGUCGGCUCCGGCAAUCGAGGUUUACAUCGCCGGCUGCUGUGGCGGUGUGCCGGUCAUAUUGACCAAGACGAUUAUGGUCAGCCCCAGGAAGAAGGUGUCCAGGCAUGCCGCCCUGGAUGCGAUUCCGGAAGAUGAAGAGAUGGAGAAGGAGGAGGAGGAGGGGGAGAAUGAGCGGAUUGACGGCGGCAGCAAUCCCUUGUCGCCUGGCCUGCGAAAAGUCCCGAGUAGCGGAUCAGAAGAUGAAGAAGACUAUGAACCAGACAUGAAAAUUGGAACCAGAUACUACCCUGAUCAGGACAUGUAUUAUGGUGAGGAUGGCCAGCUCUCUUGGUUUAAUGCUGGUGUUCGAGUUGGUGUUGGGAUUGGCCUUGGCAUGUGUGUUGGGAUGGGAAUUGGGGUUGGACUGCUGAUGCGUUCGUACCAAGCAACUACCAGGAACUUUAGGCGGAGGUUCUUCUGAGCGCAUUUGCUUCCCCAUUUGAUUAAACAAGUGAAGUCAAAUUCCGGAUGAAUAAACAGAAGGUUAUCUUGCAGAACUGGAUAUAACUUUCUGUCGGGUACCUUGAGAUUUGUGGAGAGUGAAAUAAGAGCAAGAAGGUUUAUGUCACAAGAAUACAGAGUUUUGGUAGAUAAAAUGGGAGUUGCUGUACAGUAUUUUUCUCUUCAGUAGAGUGUCCUACAAUCUUCCUCAACGAGGAAGCUCGAAUGCUAGUCAAGAAGGAUCUCCAUGCUGUGACCCUGCUGCUACUUGCUGAACUUUUUCAUUGGUGAGAGGUGUGAAUGCAGGUUUCGUCUGCACCAUUUGAGAGCAGUAGAGUUCUGAUCACUCCUGGAACUGGAAGAACUGAACAUGAUAUAGUUGGCUCGAGUGUUCGUGCAGAAGCGAGUUUGCUUCACAUACUUAGCUACUUCUUUGAGUCUUGUAGAAUAUUUGUGGUGUUGUUGUCACCCUUCUGUUUUUCCUCCCAAUCUGGCUUUGUAUUUACCCUUUCUUUUUUUCUUGAUUUUGGGCUCCUUUUCCAGAAAGCGUGGCAGUUUUAGGUUUUCCUUGUAAAAACGAACUCCUGCUUUUUGCUAUAAUCUAACAUUCGAUUCAUUUGUUUGAAAACAUGCAAGGGUAUAUUUAUUAAUACGACGUAAAUAACACAAAUAUAGCGUGAAUAACACA